AUGCGGUGUGAUGCGAAUGUCGUGGAUGCGAUUGAGCGGGGAGGAAUCGGGUAUGGAGUCCCGCUUCUUGAUGCUCGACUCAUGCGAGGUGUACCACAUUCGGUGGCAAUCUCCCUCUUCGCAGUUGGUGUUCUUCUCCCGGACAAGGACAGGAAGGCCGUCAGAACGAAGGCCUCGUCGCCUCCUCUUCGCGUCAUUAUCGGGAUUGAUUCCGCUGUUUCGGAGGAUUUGAACCAAGAGGGCGGUAUCGAUAUUGAACCCUUUGUCUUGAAGGUUCUUGGACAUUAUCUGCCAGUCUUUGGAUUGCUUUCCGUGCUCGUCCUCGGCGGCUUUAAUCUGCUUUUCUGCCUCGUCGCGGGCCUUUGA